GCCGUCGCUCUCUCGACUUGAUCUCACUCACCACUUGGACGCUUACUCUUCCUCAACACCACCCUCAGCAUGUUCACUGGCCUUGUCGAGCACGUCGCGACCAUCUCGCACGUCGAGCCGUCGACCGCGACGACCGAGCACAUCAUCACGCUGUCCGACGCCGCCCCGAUCCUGGGCGACUGCCACAUCGGCGACUCGAUCUGCGUCAACGGCGCAUGCCUCACCGUGCUCGAGUUUGACGCCGACUCGUUCAAGGUCGGCCUCGCCCCCGAGACGCUCGACCGCACCUACCUCGGCAACCUUGUCGCCGGCGACAAGGUCAACUGCGAGCGUGCAAUGGCCGCACACACCCGCUUUGGCGGGCACGUCGUCCAGGGCCAUGUUGACGCUGUCGCUACCAUCAAGGCGGCAGUUCCCGAUGGAGCGUCCAUCCGGUACACGUUUGCGUUCCCCGAGGACGCGGCCCACCUCAUGCCGUUUGUCGUCGAGAAGGGCUUCAUUACCGUCGACGGCGCAAGCCUCACCCUCACCCAGAUCGACGACGCCACGCUCUCGUUUGGCAUCAUGCUCAUCGCCCACUCGCAGUCAAAGCUCACCCUCACCAAUAAGAAGGUCGGCGACCCCGUCAACAUUGAGACCGACUGUGUUGGAAAGUACAUCCUCGGCAGCGAGAGCCGUAUCGCUGGUCUGGUCGAGCGCGUCGUCGACCGCCGUCUCGCCGAGCUCGGCGUCUUGACCCAAAAGGCGGCCUAAGGGUUUGGGCUGUUGGGGUGUUCUGGGAUUUACAUGUAGGCAUAGCAGUUGACCAAGCAUGGAGGAUGCGAUAUGCAUGUUGUGUACACAGUGUC